AUGGAUGAGGUCAACCCCUCUCCCUUGCAACUGCUGCUUGGGAUAGGUGUGCUGGCAACUGUUUGCGCGUUGUUCCUUCGCCAGUAUCAGCAAGUCCGUCGGUUCUGUAGUUGCAGACGGUUGGAGAAGGCACCAGAUGUUAUUCCGCCUUAUUGGCAAAAUGCUGGCAAAUCAUUGGCUGAAGCUCUGGACCGGUCCAGCCCAGAGUAUUUUGAUGACAUCUAUCCAGUUCCUGUUCGGAAUCGCGAAAUCUUGCAGGGCUUCCUGAACGAGACCAGCUCAAACACAGAGGUACAUUUCAAUUUAGUGAGAGCAGUUCGGGUGGAGCAUUCCCGACUGUGGUUUCAUUACCAGGAGAAGGCAGCUGAUGUGGCAGUAAAACGAGGACCUUUAAAGUUUCAAGGUUUAGGGGCGCCAUCUACGAAUCAUGCCUUGGCAAAUGUUGAGUCCGAUGGCUGGGAUGGUGGCUUCGUGCAUGCGUUGGAUGAAGAGGUAUGCGAGGCUUAUCUGUUUCAUGGCACAGACCCCCAUUCUGCCCUGAAGAUCGUGGAGAACGGCUUUCAGGUGAAGGCCAGCCGAGCAGGCAAGCGCUAUGGCUUCGGAGGCUACUUUUCUGAGGACCCGGCGGUUGCGGACAGAUAUGCCGGGGAGGGGGAUGGCCUCUACCAUGCCUGCUAUGCUCUGUUGCUGUGCCGAGUGCUCCUGGGCCGCCAGUUCCACACGAAGUGCUUCCGGAACGAGGGUGCCGCGGAAGCCUUCAGAAGAAACCGCUUUGAUUCGGUGCUUGCAGAGCCACACGAGACUCUUCACCGGGAGUUCGUGGUUUUCGACGGGCACCAGGUCUACCCAGAGUAUGCGCUGGUUUACGAGCGGCAGAGUCCUGACUUUAUGCUGUGCCCGAGUCCAGUGCACCGCUAUUGGGCGGACGAG